AUGGCGAACCAACCAGAGGAAGCAAAGGAAGCAGAGGUCUCCUCUCGUCCCCAAAUACCUUCCCCCGCGAACCAACGGGUCCCAACAUGUUGGAUCGAUGCCUCGUGGAUUGAUCACGGACCUGUCAGUGGACUCGGGUGGAGCCUGGUGAACGCUGGGGAAGAGGAGCUGUUUGGUCAACAAGGAUGCCGCAGAAGCCUUUCCGUCCUUCAUGCGGAGAUGGAUUGUCUUUUGUGGGCUAUGGCAGCCCUGAGUCAACGACACAUAAGAGCGGUGCUUUUUCUGACCGACUGUUCUGAUCUAGUGAGUAUGACGGAUUCCCCAGCUGAUUGGCCGUCUUUUACGUCCGAGCUAGAAAAUCUACGUAUCCUUCGUGAGAACUUCUCAUAG